CGUAAAUAAACUAUUAUACUAAUAUGUACUAAGAUAUUAAUUUUAUCACAUAAUAAUUUAUCGAUAUUUGAUAUUUUUAUCAAUAAUUAUCGGCAUAUUAACAUCUUUUUAGCUCUAUUCGCGUUUCCUUCAAUGAAAUGAUAUUAAAAAUUUAAGCUAACAUUUUUAGAAUCUAUUGAAGAAUCACAUUUCUUGUAUCUACCGAAGAGCUUCUCAAAAUUGUUAGAUAUAGAUGAAACAUCGUGUAAGCUAACAUCAAGUGGUUCGAUAUUCACGAUUUUAACAUUUACGACGCGUAUCUUCUCAUUGAAAUCAUUUUUCAAAUUUUGUGAUAGCCUCGUUUCCCUCCUAAAAGUGACUAACUUUAAGCAGUAGAAUACUACAUAAAUCGGUUGAUUAAACUGGAAUUAAAUUCUUUUGGCAUAAGCCAACCUUCGCGUUCGAUGAAAAUAUAUAGCCAUCGUACAUUAAAUAUUUUUCAAAUAUUUAUUAAAAAUGUCUUUUUCUUUUGUAAAAUUUUAAAUAUUAAUAGACAAAUAAAUAAUCAGUGUUGGUUCUAUCGAAAUAUCAGAAAAGGAUAUAACUAGUUUGUAAAGAUGAAUAUAGAGGAAGUAUACAACAAAAACGUACAUUUAGUAGGAAACGAGGAGGAUGAGGAAGAAGACGAUAAUAGCUGCUGCUCCCGAGCGACUUUUUGCCACCCGAUAUUGCGCAAGAUCAUUGUGACCGAUUCGAUCUUGAGAUGUUUUGACAUGGAAAUAACGUGGAUGAACCUAUUCUGGCUGACGAGCGUUACAGCGAUGAUCUUGAUGGCUUGGAUGACUCUCUUCUUUCUCCUCGGCGAAACAAUGUUACCCAAAGGCAGCUACUUUGGUCUUUUCGUUAUCGUCGUGUUCUCUUAUCUCCUUGGAUGGACGCUCGCCUAUGUUCCAUACAUGAACCUUCCACCUGUCUUCGGCAUGCUCCUGGCUGGUAUAAUCGUGAGAAAUAUAAAUUUCUACGACAUUAGACGGGAACUUGGCAUCAAGACACUAGCGAAAAUACGAACGUUCUGUUUGACUUUCAUCAUGAUACGUGCCGGUCUUCAAAUGACUACCACGCCGAUCCGUCAACAUCCCCUCUUCGUCACGAUUCUUGCCAUUCUACCUUGUACUAUGGAAAUGUUAAUCCUUGCUAUUUGCGCAAAGUAUAUCCUUAAUUAUCCUUGGAACUGGGCCUUUAUGACCGGUACAAUCGUUGCCUGUAUGUCUCCUGUUGUUACCGUCAAUUGUAUGCUGGCACUGGCCGAACAUGGUUACGGUGAAGAUAAAGGAUUGGCUUCUUUACUUAAUGCGGCUACUUCCAUCGACGACGUACACAUCCUCUCGCUUUUCUCCAUUUUCUACACCACCGUCUUUGACGAAGAUCAUCCAACUAAGUGGUGGUCGUAUAUACCUAGUGGCCUUCGAGAUCUUAUCCUAGGCGUUUCGGUCGGACUUCUUCUUGGUACUUUUUUGGCCUUUUUCCCCCAUCGUAAUCAUGUAAGUACUUACGCUCGGACGACACAAGAAAUGUGUUUGUGUUUGAUAAACCGAACAGUAUUCGUAAAACAUACAUAGCACGUCCUUUUUUCUACAUAGAUAGAUAUUAAUUUACGAGAUAUCAGAAAAAAGGAGAUAUUUCGAUAUAUAUAUAUAAUUUUUUUAACUUUCAAAAUAUUUUGUUGCGAACCAUGUUUUUACAAAUUAUUGUGUUUAGAUCGGCAAUUCAGAAAAUAUUGUCGAAUUUUUUGAUAAUUUGGCGUAAUUUCAACAAAAAAGCAUAUUGAUUAAAAUGGAACAUAUUGUACAUAAAAAUUUAGAAAUACGCAACUUGGUACCGAUUGUCAAGUUUGGUACUGGCUGCGUUAAUGUGUACCUUAUCGACAUUAAAACUCCCCAUCACCGGUGGACCAUA